AUGGUGGUUUACAUAUUCUGGCCAAAGCAUUUGAAGAGCAAGGAGCUCCAUCUUAACGAUGACAAUAUGUGUGCCAUCUCUAUUUGUCUUCAAAGCACUGACCAUAUUGUGUUGGAUAUAGUACCCAGACGGUUGCUCGAAAAAGAAGCACUUAGUGCUCCAUAUUCAAUUAUCGGUACUAAGAAUUCAGGGGAGGCAAAUUGGAAAUUUGGUGAGGCAAACGACUAUUGCACGAUCGAAUUUUACGUACCGAACUUGAAGGUUCUACAGUUCUUUUCUUUGGAACCAAUACCUUUGACACAGCUUGGAAACGCUGCCAAUACGACAGUUAAAAAAGCAGAUUAUAAAAACUUCGAAAAAUUAUGCAACCAUCCAAGAUAUCAAUCUCAUGAUGACAGACUGAGACGAAAUUUAAGCCUUCUUAAUUUAUUCGAUUCGCAUCACGAAUCAUUUGUGAAACGAUAUCAUAGCCUACAUAUUAAGUCAGUUAAUGUCAGUGCCAGAUUGGGAACGAUGAUGAGGAAGAAAUGUAGAAGUUCAUCUCUGCGAAAUAUAGUAUCCACCUUCACUGUACAUUUAGUUGUUAAUAUGGUCAAAGUUGCAUAUUCAGUUUCCUCCUUCCUAAAUUGGCGGUAUACACAGCUGGUCAACAUAUCUGUUUUAGCGCAGCAGAUAGAUCUAAGGGCGCAGCAGAUAUGCUAUUUUCCAGUCCAGUAUUUGUUAAUAAACGAACACCAUUCAAUAGGAAAGACGCCACCGAAGAUUGAAUUUUCAUCAGAGGACUCGAGUCAAUGGAAAGAGGAACUACCCUGCAAAUAUUACCCAGACUACAUCAGAUUUUAUAAUACCGUCUGGCUUAUUCUCAAUGAUAUUUCCUUUGGAAUGAUAGUUGGGUCCUUGGUAUACGACCAUGCUGAUCAGAUUUCCAUGCACUUGCAUAGGGCAAUAGGUUUUUCGCUGUACCACUUCCCAAAAGCGAUAACUAUAUCUCUAUCGAAUAAUCCAUUGGGCAUAAAAUUGAAUCAUGAAUUAGCAAAAUUCUUCAGUGAAUUGUUCCUAUGGGUUAUUGAAUUUUCCAAUGUACUAUUUGUUGGUCCAAUGAUUGAGAUUAACAAUCUGAAAUGUUUCCUCAGAGUUGUUUCACAACUGGGUUGCGUAUUCGGUGGAACGUUUGCAUUAUCAAUAAUUGUUGAUUAUUUCGCCAUUCUUACUUUUCAUAUUUACACGUUUCAUCGCAUUAGCAGCAAGCUAUAUCAUUGGCAAUUGGUAAUAUUACUAAGUUUAUUUCAUUUAUUUCGCGGUAAAAAAAACAAUAUUUUACGUAACAGAAUUGAUCAUAAUUACUUCAAACUAGAUCAGUUACUGCUGGGUACAAUUUUUUUCAUUAUUCUAGUAUUUUUACUGCCAACCGUACUGAUGUUUUACCUAUUUUUCACAACUUUAAGAAUGGUGACAAUCGAUGUGGAAAUUUUCCUGGAAUCUAUAAUUGCAUUAUUAAAUCAUUUCCCAUUGUUUGCGUUGUUACUGCGAUUGAAGGAUCCGAAAAGAAUACCCGGUGGUAUCACUAUGAAUGAGUUGGGACCCGGCAGGCUUGAUUUGAAAAGCAAGCCAAUUAAAAUAUCAGAAAUGUUCAAACCAUUUGUGUUGCUGAUGGAACAAAUGAAGGAUAUCUACUUUUCUUCGAAGACAUCAAGACAAAUAUUCCUAGGUCUUCCCUUUGUUACGCAUAGAAGAAAGUUAUAUCAAAUACUGUACUCCUCACUACCGUCUACACCUAUCGACAUAAGAACCUUCCGGAACAAGCUAUCGCCUCAUAUAAAGAAGAAAGAUUGA